UGUUCACACCAUUAUUUUCUUGCCUUUUUCCAUUUCCAUUCCAAAAGUAUUUAGAUAAGAUAUGACAAAUAACAUUCUUCACCAACAACAUACUACUAUAAUAUUUAUUUAAGUACUUCCAAUCUCACAUUACUUUCAACAAAUUCACUUUCCCACUUUCUCAACACCACAAAAAAAAAAAAAUAUGCUCUACCACAACAACACAAAAGCCAUGAUUCAUUUCUUGCUGAUAGCAUCAAUGAUAGUUGGGAUUGGAAUGGCAGAUUCAUCAAAAGACAAAGAUGAAUGCACAUCACAAUUAACAGGGCUAGCAUCAUGUCUCCCCUAUGUUGAAGGUCAAGGAAAAUCACCAGCACCAGAUUGUUGUGGUGGUCUCAAGACACUACUUAAGACCAACAAAAAGUGUUUGUGUCUAAUUAUCAAAGAUCGUAAUGAUCCUGAUUUGGGUGGUAUUGUAAUUAAUGUCACUUUGGCUUUGCAUCUUCCAACAGUUUGUAAUGCCCCUGUCAAUAUCUCAAAAUGUCCCGAGCUGCUGCACAUGGAUCCAAAAUCAAAAGAGGCUCAAGUAUUUUACAAAUUAAACAAUGGCUCCAGCAAUAUCUCCCCAAGUGGUGCACCUAGUCCUUCAGAUGAAGCAAGCAACCAAGCAAGAAGUACUACACAAAAGAAUGGUGCAUUUAGCAAAGAUAAGAGAUUGUUUGGGUUUUUAGUUUGGUUUUUAUUGGUUUCUACGGCUGGGAACUUUUUCAUUUAGAUACUAGUGUGAAUAUAUUUGGAAAAAUUCACUUCUCCCUGACUCUAUUUUUCUCUCAAAAAGACUUUUUUGCACAAGAAUAAAAAAUUCGAAAAAUAUUUUUCGAAUUUUUUUAGUGUAAAAUAUUAUUUUUAAAGGUUAAAAAAUUUCAAAAAAUAUGUGCCGAAAUUUUUUAACAAAAGGCAAAAAAUAUUAUUUUUUGGGGAAAAAAAAGUCUUUAAGAGAGAAGAGAAUUUUUCAUAUAUUUGAUUCUCUUUUUAAAUCUCUUCCCUUUUGAGGAAAAGUAUUUUCAUUUGUUGGUAUACGUACCAAUGAAGUUAUUAUUUUGUAAGAGUAUCACUA